AUGGCACCAGCAAAUAUACAAGUCCCGUCUGGGCAUAUGGCUACCACAACCCUCAAGGUUGAGGGCAUGACAUGCGGCGCCUGCACUUCGGCCGUGGAAGCUGGCUUCAAGGGCGUCAACGGAGUUGGUAGCGUAUCGGUCAGCCUGGUAAUGGAACGCGCCGUGGUCAUGCACGACCCCGACCAGAUAACGGCGGACAAAAUUAAAGAAAUCAUCGAAGACCGAGGGUUCGACGCCGAGGUGCUGGCCACCGACCUCCCGACGCCUAUGAUCGCCAGGCACCCCGAACAAGACCUGGAAGCUUCCGAUGACUCCCCAUUAAUGAUCACUACUGUCGCAAUCGAGGGCAUGACAUGCGGCGCUUGCACAUCAGCGGUCGAAAACGCAUUCAAGGACGUAUCCGGCGUACGACAUUUUAGCAUUUCCCUACUCUCCGAGAGAGCUGUUAUCGAGCAUGACCCGACACUGUUGAGUGCCGAUAGCAUCUGCGAAGCCAUUGAGGACCGCGGAUUUGGGGCGACUGUUGUUGAGAGUGUCCAUAAGCAGCCCGAGAGAGAAUCUGUUCCCGGCGCGGCGACAUCCUCCCAACCGUCAAAUGCGACCACGACAGUAGCUAUCGAGGGUAUGACUUGCGGCGCCUGCACUUCAGCUGUGGAACAAGGAUUCAAGGAUGUGAACGGGGUUCUGAAAUUCAACAUCAGCCUUCUCGCUGAGCGAGCGGUUAUUUUGCACGAUCCAACGUUAUUGCCGGCUGACAAGAUCGUCGAGAUCAUCGAAGACCGUGGGUUUGGUGCCAAGAUUCUAACAAGUACAUUUGACCAGCCCAGUCAUUCUUCUGGUACUUCGACAGCACAAUUCAAGAUCUAUGGAAAUCUUGACGCUGCCGCGGCCAACAAGCUAGAAGAUGCGGUUCUUGCGCUGCCCGGAGUCGCCAGUGCCAAACUGGCCAUUGCGACAUCCAGGCUGACUGUCACCCAUUUACCUAAUGUUACAGGACUUCGAGCUAUUGUCGAGACCGUCGAGGGCGCUGGUUUCAAUGCCCUUGUGGCAGACAAUGACGACAACAAUGCCCAGCUGGAGUCGCUCGCCAAGACGCGAGAAAUCAACGAAUGGAAGCAGGCGUUCAGAAUCUCGGCUGCUUUCGCUAUCCCGGUCUUCUUUAUCAGCAUGAUCUUCCCCAUGUUCCUGAAGUUCCUUGACUUUGGCAAGGUCAGACUAAUUCCAGGUCUCUACCUUGGAGAUGUGGUCUGCUUAGUUCUCACGAUACCGGUUCAGUUUGGCAUCGGAAAGCGCUUCUAUGUUUCGGCAUGGAAGUCAAUAAAACAUAAAUCGCCGACUAUGGAUGUCCUUGUUGUUCUCGGCACCUCGUGUGCUUUCUUCUUCAGCAUUGUCGCCAUGGCCGUCUCGAUAUUAUUUCCUCCGCACACCCGGCCGAGCACCAUCUUCGAUACAAGUACCAUGCUGAUCACCUUCAUCACCUUUGGCCGUUUCCUCGAGAACCGGGCCAAGGGUCAGACAUCCAAGGCACUCUCACGCCUCAUGUCCUUGGCUCCAUCGAUGGCUACCAUUUAUGCAGACCCCAUCGCGGCGCAAAAGGCUGCCGAAGGUUGGGAUCGCAACGCAGACUCUCAAGAGCCGCGUGAAGGCAAUGCAGCGGACGAGAAGGUCAUUCCUACAGAGCUUAUCCAGGUCGGCGACAUCGUUCUCGUUCGUCCUGGUGAUAAGAUUCCCGCAGAUGGUGUUAUUGUUAUGGGUGAGACAUAUGUCGACGAAAGUAUGGUUACUGGAGAAGCCAUGCCCGUUCAGAAGAAAAAGGGAAGCCUAUUGAUCGGUGGCACUGUCAACGGCGCGGGGCGAGUUGACUUUCGUGUCACUCGUGCAGGCCGGGACACCCAGCUCAGCCAGAUUGUCAAGCUGGUACAAGACGCCCAGACAACUCGUGCUCCCAUUCAACGCCUGGCGGACACUCUGGCUGGCUACUUCGUCCCAAUGAUUCUGUUCCUUGGUAUGAUGACAUUUUUCACUUGGAUGAUCCUGAGCCAUGUCCUGUCCACUCCCCCGAAGAUCUUCUUGGAGGACGCAAGUGGUGGCAAGAUCAUGGUGUGCAUCAAACUUUGCAUUUCCGUCAUUGUAUUCGCUUGUCCUUGUGCUCUCGGCCUCGCAACGCCUACUGCCGUCAUGGUAGGCACAGGUGUUGGUGCGGAAAACGGCAUUCUGGUCAAGGGUGGUGCUGCUCUCGAGACCAUUACCAAGAUCACUCAAGUGGUUCUCGACAAGACUGGCACCAUCACGUAUGGAAAGAUGAGCGUCGCCAAAACCAACAUUGUUCCCGUAUGGCUGGAUAAUGACUGGCGCCGUCGUCUAUGGUGGACUCUCGUGGGCCUCGCUGAAAUGGGCAGUGAACACCCCGUCGGCAAAGCGGUCCUCAACGCAGCCAAAACAGAGCUUGGUCUCGAGGCGGAAGAAACAAUCGAUGGUACCAUUGGCAACUUCACUGUAGCCGUGGGUCAGGGCAUUACCGCAGAGGUUGAGCCAGCUACUUCCCUGGAGAGGACGCGUUACCGUGUACACGUGGGCAACAUCCGUUUCCUCCGGGACAACGACAUCGAGAUCCCAGAAUCCGCAAUCAACGCCGCCGAAGAAAUCAACGAAGCCGCCGCCAGCUCUCGCUACAAGUCCACCCCCUCCAACACUCCAGCCGGCACCACCAACAUCUUCAUUGGUAUCGACGGUAAAUACGCCGGCCACCUCUGUCUUUCUGACACCAUCAAAGACGGUGCCGCCGCCGCCAUCGCCGUUCUCCACCGCAUGGGCGUAAAAACUGCCAUUGUCACCGGCGACCAACGCAGCACCGCUGUCGCCGUCGCCUCCGCCGUCGGGAUCGACCCGGAGGACGUCUACGCCAGCGCCUCGCCCGAUCAGAAACAAGCCAUCAUCCAACAACUCCAGUCGCGCGGCGCCGUCGUCGCCAUGGUCGGCGACGGCAUCAACGACUCUCCAGCCCUCGCCACCGCAGACGUCGGCAUCGCCAUGAGUUCCGGGACAGACGUAGCCAUGGAGGCUGCCGACGUGGUGCUCAUGCGGCCCAACGACCUGAUGGACAUCCCUGCCGCGCUGCACCUCGCCCGCACCAUCUUCCGACGCAUCAAGAUGAACCUGGCGUGGGCAUGCAUGUAUAACCUGAUUGGCCUGCCAUUUGCCAUGGGCAUCUUUUUGCCGUUUGGGUACCACCUGCAUCCCAUGGGCGCGGGCGCCGCCAUGGCGGCUAGCAGUGUUAGUGUUGUGGUCAGCAGCUUGUUCCUCAAGUUCUGGGCCAGGCCGAAGUGGAUGGAUAAGACGCUUUAUGAGUUUGAGAUGGACACGAUUGGUGGUGGUCCUAUUAAGGGGCGCAUGAGGAAGCGCGGUGCCGGAUGGGGAUUGUUUGGUGGGGUUGUUAGCAAGGUCCGAGAUAUUCUGGGUGUCGGUGCGGCGAGGAGGAAUAAGGAUGAUGGGUAUGUCCCGCUUGAUAAUCUUGAUGCGGCUGAGCAUGCUGUGUAGGGCGUUUAGGGUGUUUCCAUAGCUGAGAGAGAACGAAGGAGAAAGAGAAAGAGAGAGAAAGGCCUACAAAGAAAAGAGUAUGGAAAUAAGGAACAGUCGGCUCCUACGUACAUACGGACACGAAACAGAACAUGGGAAGUAACGGGGCAAGUAGCAGUAAGAGCAUGAUAUCCGGAGUUUUUUUUUGGUUUUUUUUUCUUGAAUGGAGGGUCGAUUUGCCAGCUUUUUCGUGUUAUGAACGGAUUCUCUUUGGGUAUACUAGUAGGCAGCCAGAGAACAGAGAGCAGUUGAAUGCGUUUUUG